AUGGAUGUAAUCCUGACAGCGAUCAAGGGAACUGACGAAGUGGAGGACCAUACGGCGUACGUACCGAAUUCUGAUCGAAAGUAUUUGAUAAUUACCCUGGGUAUAGUCGUGGUCGCAUACCUGAUCUCGAUGUCGACGGAUUGCCUCGGGGUGGUCCUGGAACUGAAUGGUAUUCUGGCAGCGGUGCCGUUAGCCUACAUCCUCCCUGGCCUGUGCUACCUCAAGCUGGAAGAGGGACCCGUCCUUUCCUCGAAGAAGCUCCCAGCCCUUGGCCUGAUGUCCGCAGGCGUGCUUGCCGCUGUUUCCGGUUUGCUCUUGUUGAUACUGAACAACUCGUCCGGCUCCUGUGUACAUGGAAAGGUAAUGCCGUAUUGUAUGGAGAACUCUAACAGCACGAGCUCCAAUUCGACUGUCAGGAGUACCAUGUCUCCAAUUUAA